AGUACAUCAGCCACUCGAAGCAUCAUCCGCACUACGGUUCCGCCUAGCCUACCGAAAAGAAGAGUCCUCUGAUAGUUCAAGGACGGUAGUGAGUGUUGGGAAAUCCCCAACAGUGAGUCCCUUCCGCCGGCUACCUUCAGUAGUUGUUCAAAGCGCCAACAUGGUGAACUCCAUAUUCGAAUACGGCGAUGUUUGGAAAGAGGAUCGAGGCGCUAUGGCCCCGGGAAAGUUGAAGCUCACCGACCAGAACAUCGUGUUCAAAAACGCCAAGACUGGCAAGGUGGACCAGAUAAAUAAUGGCGAGGUCGAGAGUGUCUUUUGGCAGAGACUAGCCGGCGCAUACGGUCUCAGAAUACAGACGAAAAACCCGUCCCUCUAUCGAUUCGGAGGUUUCCAGAAUGACGAGAGAGGGAAACUGAGAGAGUUCUUCAAGGAGUUUUAUAAUUUGGAUAUGAAGACUAAGGAAUUCUCUCUAACGGGUCGAAACUGGGGCACAGUUAACUUCGAUCCGGUAGUAUUGUCCUUCGAUAUCGACAAAGUACCAGCUUUCGAGAUUCCGCUGGCGUACGUGUCGAAUUGUUCGACGAGCAAGAAUGAAGUCACUCUCGAGUUCCAACCGAACGAUGACGCUCCCUCGUGCAUGAUGGAGAUGCGGUUUUACGUCCCUACGGAUCCGAAUCCAGACGUCGAUGCCGUCGAGGCCUUCAAAGCUAACGUCAUGUCGAGGGCUGGCAUCACACAAGCUACGGGAGACGCGAUUGCCAACUUCAAUGGCGUUCAGUGCCUCACGCCGAGAGGUCGCUACGACAUCAAGAUAUUCACGACUUUCAUCCA